UGUCCAUUUUCGUGUUCAAUAUGAUACCAUCAGCGAUUAAUCUUAUCACAUUUUGCCUCGACUUGUUGGCGGCUGUGACCGUCGUUUCUGCCGGGGAAUCGGGCCUAAAAUCCUGCCUCCCGAGUCAACGCGAGCAUCGAGUGCAAGGCGGGGAACUCCACCGGUUUUACCGGGGACCGCUGCGGGACCACGCGCUCGUCGGCCAGGCCUACCGUAACCACACGGCGCGCUCACACGCAUCGUGCGCCGGGGAGUGCCUACGCGACGAUGCCUGUAAAUCCUUCAAUUUCUGCCAAGAUGGUGGUCUGUGCCAGCUCAACUUGGCCGUGGUCUCCCGGAACAUGAGCGACUUGUUUCCGUCGAAUGGCUGUCUUUACUUCGACGAACGACCGCACGGAAAGUGUCUGGAAUAUGAGACUACAGAGGAAUACAAAUACAAGUUCUUCGUACUGCCACCUCCCAAGGAAGGCGAGCCCUAUCGACUGGACUUCGCUGUGAAAGGGAAAGAAGAUGCCAUAUUCGCUCUCUCUGAAGAGACAAAUGAAAACAAUCUUUAUGACAUCGACAUAGCUGCUUGGAACAACCAAAGGACAAUCAUCCGGGCCCGCAAACACAGUGUACAUUUUCACGCAAGGGUUGACAUACCUGGGAUCAUGAGUGAACACGAGUACCGCCGACUUUGGCUAACUUACGACAGCUGGACUAUCAAGGUGGGUCGCGGCCACGAGGUGGCGCCCUUCAUAGAGUACCACGAUGAUUCACAUCGGGUUCAUGUCAAGUACAUUGGUAUAACGUCAGUUUGGUACGAUGUUAACUGGAUCUUUUACACUUACUGCGACGAAUAG